AUGCCAGACCCACUACCUCGACGAUACCCAACGCGUUCGCGGUCUCAAGCUGGAACAGCUUCCUCUUCUCUCUCCGAUACAGCUACCCGUACCACGCGAAAUGUCGUUGGUGAGAAGCGAAAGGCCCUGACUGAGUCGACCCUCACCCUUGAGAACUCGCGUUCGAAGCCCGACAAGGCACCCAUACCGGCGACCAGAACUACUAACACCACUACCACCACCACCUCCACCACCUCCACCACCACCACAAGAGCUGGAGCGAAGGGUGCACUAACGAAGAAGCCCGCCAUGAGAUCGAAAUCGGCUGGAUUAUCCGCUGCUCCUACUAGACGUUCGGCCCGUACCGGUAAUAACAAGAAGCGCAAAUUAUCCCAUAAUAGUUCGCAAAUCGAUGCUAAAACCAUUUGUGCCAUGACGUUAGCGCAUACCAAGAAGGUCACCUUUGCCACAAGUCCUAAGGUUGCUCUGGAGGACAAGGAGAAUAACAUACCCCCGAAGCAGCCGACCGAGUCCGAGACGGAAUCCCAGCAUAUCGACGAGGAGACUGACGUGCUUAUAUCCACUUCGAUGGGUGCACUCUCGGUCAAGCCUAUCAGAGUCACCAAAACGAAACUCCAACCACCGUCUACUGGAACUUUCGCCGAGAAUAUUCCCGAGCUCCCCGCUCUUUCUCCCAUGAAGGUUCGUAGACCGAAGAGAGUGUUCACCGCUGUUGACAAGGACAUGGAGGACGAGCUCCUGUGUCCAACAUCUCCUCGACUUGCCGAGAAGCCCAAGCGGCCUAUGCAACCGCUUGGAAAGAAGAAUGCUAUCGAUGGAGCCGAGCUGUUGAUGUCAAAGCCCAAGCCAGCAUCGGCUCUAUUUGGGUCACCAGCAAGGAGACUACCCCUGUCGCCAGCCAAGCAAAAACUCUCCAGCUCCACGGCACAUGCUCAAGCCUCUCCUUCAAAGCCUAGUCUACUAUCGUCACCCGCUCGAAGACCUGUGAGAAAGGGUGCGAAGCUGGGAGGCGGAGGAUCAUCCUUGAAGUUCUCAUUGGAUCUAUCCAGUGACCCCUUCGCUAUACCAAAGGUGGCUGACGAUGCCGACAACGUGUUUGGUUCUAAGUCUAUCAUCGAGCGCAAGUUGCCGGUUAAGAAGGAACAGGAGCUUCCGAAGAAUGGCCUCAAUGGUAAUAAGGCUUUCAUCGAUCUCUUGAAUUCUAUCAAGAAGGAGAAAGCAGCUAAGAAGGAGGUUUCCACUGAGAAGAAUGAAGCAGAGCCCCUUGUGGGAGAUGUUGUGGAAGCUUCGGACAUGGUAUCGGGUGGUUCCCUUGAUGUCGUGUUUUCUGGUUCUACCACUCCUGCCACACCUCCAUCGAUGGUCAACCGGUCGAAGAUCUCUCCUACUCCUACUCAAAUUUCGAAGAGAGAUUCCUCGGAGGAGGGGAGCGCUGAUAUCGGAAUGGCUGAUAAAAACACCGACUUGGCUGCGGAUAUUGAUGAGCCCAAGUCGAAGCAUUACCGUAGUCCCAGUGAGGGAGGUAGUAGCUUCGGUUUGUUUGAUGCCAACGCCGAGGAUGAGGAUGAUAUGGACUGUGAUUCGGAGAAUGUUCCGCCCCCACAAGUGGCGACAGGUCCGAGCGAUGUUGCUCGCGACAGUGGCCGUGAGUUCGGGCACGAGCUCAACCUUUCCGUGAUGAACCCUAGCAAGACGCUUCAUUACGGAUCGUGGAACGAGGUUCCCGUCGACCCGAUGCUCUUGAGCGAGGAUAUCAGCGAUGUCGUUAUUGGCUACGCCGAUGUGCGCCAACCUCCUAUGACCGUUCCGGUCAAGUUCCACGACGACGACGACGAUGUUUUCGGCAACGACAACAAGUCCACCCCAAUAGACCAUAUGCACGAUGAACGGUCCGGUGGCGUGCUUGCUGGUGCCGUGGUGUUUGUCGACGCGUACACCAACGACGGAGCCAACUGUGGAGAGACAUUCGAGAAAAUGCUCAAGGGAAUGGGCGCCAAGGUGCUCAAACAGUGGUCCUGGAAUCCCGACUCUGCCACCCCUGGAAAGGUCGGAAUCACCCACGUCGUGUUCAAGGAUGGAUCCCCCAGGACCCUGCAGAAAGUCAAGGCAGCUAGAGGAUUGGUGUCCUGCGUGGCACUGAGAUGGAUCAUCGAGUGUGCUCAGCACGACGAGUGGUUAGACGAGGGAUUAUACGCCAUCGAUUUGGACGACGUCCCGCGUGGAGGUCACAAGCGCCGCAAGUCCAUGGAGCCCCAGCGAAUGGACGAGCUCCUCUCCAAACUCUCAUCUGGCCCCAAGGACCGCAGCAAGAAGACACCUCCCAAAACCGCCGUGAAAGCUCCCAAGACCCCGGCCCGCCAGCAGAGCAAUAGCCAGCUGCUCCCCAAGACCGUCCCGCCCAAGUUCGAUCUGGGCCCUACUGCGGUUGCCAAUCCCUACCUCCUCGAGCGGAUCAAGAUGGCCAAGCGGAAGAGCCUGCAGUUCGCCCCUAAAAUCGGCAGUCCUCUCGUCAGGAGCUGGCCCGCUGAGUAG